AUGCUCAUUUUCACCAUCCUCUCGAUCAUCUUCAUGAUCCAAAACAUCCUCAACGCUGUUUACAGUAUGCUGACUGCAGGCCCUAGCUCCCUUGUCAACACCCUCAAGCCCUACACCAAGCCUUUCCUGAAGAACAACCCCAAGAAGACCUACUCAAUGAUCGCCUUCUCGAUCGCUUUGUUUGUCUUUGGCAUUUCUGACAAGUUCUCCAACCCUUACAUGCUAACUUUCUUCCUGCUUAGUGUGUUCCGCUACCUCCGCCUGGUCGUCAAUCUCAUCGCCUUCGCCAAUCUUAAAGGUCACCCUGUCUUGUCCAACCCUUCAUUCACGCCUAGCGAUGUCUCCGUUGUCAUCCCUACCGUUUUUAAGGACAAGGACGAGGUCAUGGCUUGUGUCAAGCGCGCUCGUACUUGCAACCCUCAUCAACUGAUCAUCGUCACCAAGAAGGACCUUGUUGAUCAGGUCAAGGCUGCUUGUAAUGAGAUCACGGCUACUGCUGAAUCUCCGAGUGAAGAUCUGAGCAUGGUUCAAUUCGUUGGUGUCGACAUCUUCAACAAGAGAACUCAGAUGGUCGCCGCUCUUCAACAAGCUGUAACUGGUUCAAUUGUCGCUUUUGCUGAUGAUGAUGUCUUCUGGCCCAAAGAUGCUUUCUUGGAGACCAUGCUUGCUUGUUUCAACGACCCACUUGUUGGCGCCUGCGGCCCAUCGCAACGUGUAUGCCGCUCUACCGGUCCUAAGAAACCCACCAGUUUUUGGAAUUUUUUGGGUAUUUGCUACCUUGAGCGCCGUAACUUCAAUACCGGUGCUACCAACCGCAUUGACGGCGCUGUUUCUACCCUAUCUGGUCGUACCAGCUUCUACCGCGCCUCGCUCAUUCAAACCGAAGCCUUCACAUCUUACUUUUUGAAUGCAGCCAAUCACGAUGACGACAAGAACCUGACUAGAUGGGUUUAUGACCAGGGUUUUCAGAUCACUCUUCAAUUUGAUCCUAAAGCUCGUAUCAUGACAACUCUCGAGACUGAACCCAAGAUGUUCCUCAAUCAGUGCAUGCGCUGGGCUCGUGGUCAUUGGAGAGGUAACUUCCGCGUCAUGCAAACUACAACUUAUUGGUACGAUACUCACAUCUGGAGUCUUUACGCUAUCUACAUCGGCCAGUUCCAGACCCCUGCCUUCCUCAUUGAUGGAUCUCUCCUGGCUUUCCUCUAUCGCGGUAUGUCCUCCUACGACGAUGUAACUCGCAACACUGCUGUCAUCGUCCUUGCCCUUUGGAUCCUCUUCGCCAAGAUUGUCAAGAUCAUCCCUCAUUUCUGCGAAUUCCCUCAAGACAUCAAGUUCAUCCCUGGUAUGAUAAUUUUUUCGUACAUUCAUGGUUUGCUUAAUGUGUACGCGCUUAUUACCAGGGACAACAAGGUUUGGGGUCGUUAAGCAGACUACUCUCUUACUCUGAUGCUCACUUUGGCAACUCUUACCGGCUUUUUGUUACGCCCUCACCCUUACGCCGUCCACGUCCCCCUCCAUAUCCCCCUCCACAUCCCCCUCACAUUUCCCUUACACUACACACCAUACACCAUACACGCAUUGCAUAGAACAACAGAAUGAAAUGGAUUUUCUUUUGGCGUUCUUGAACAAAGGUUACAAUCGCCUGCUGGAUAGCGCGAUGACUGAUAUUGCAAAUUUGGGAUGGCGUUUGGGACUGCUUAAUU